AUAAAGAGAGAGAGAGAGAGAGAGAGAGAGAGAAAGUAAUUCACAGUACUCAUGGAGAGGGAGAGAGAUAGACACUACUCAUAGUGGAAAAGAGACAGGCUGUCCUACUGACAGACAGGCUGUCAGAGUGGUGUUAGGUCACUAGUGUUAGCUUAGCGUAAGGAGCUGUACGACAGGAGUGGAGCCCGCCCUCUCUUUGCCCGCGAUCGGAAUUCUCCUGUUGAGCAGAGAGGGAGAGAAUACACAUUUACUGCCUUCUAGAGUCACCUGAUUACAGACACACACACACACACACACACACACACACACACACACACACACACACACACACACACACACACACACACACACACACACACACACACAGACACUUUGUUAGGAUGCUGGGGGCAUGUGAGGACCGUCGGCCCCGCAACCGGGCCAGGGACCGGGGGGGAAGCUGCGUGGAGAGCACCGACAUCAUAAAGAUGAAGACUCUGGCCCAGAGGCGUCAGUCUGCUCCCUCCAUGGUGAUCAGCAAAGCACUUACCAAAUCAAGGAGCUCCAGCUCCAGGGACAACCUCCUGAGCCCCGUGCGUCCAGAGUCCUGCCCCCUGGUCCAGAGCCUGCUGCUGGACCGCACCGGUCGCGUCUUCCUGGAGCACGCCCAGACCCAGCUGAAGACCGGGCUGCAGACCCAGGACAGACACCUGCUCCUCUUCACAGACACUCUGCUGGUCGCCAAGACCAAGUCUGCAGGCCAGCUGAAGGUGAAGAGCGUGGUGCGGGUGUGUGAGAUGUGGCUCUCUGACUGCAUGGAGGAGGUGUGUGAGGGCAGCACUAGCCCAGAGAGGAGCUUCGUCCUGGGAUGGCCCACCUGCAACUAUGUGGUCACCUUCAGCUCCCCAGACCUCAAAGAGAAGUGGCUUCAGCUCAUCCAGAGCCGGAUAAGCGAGGAGAAAGAGAAGGAUGACCCCAAAACCAUCCCACUCAAAGUCUUCGCCAAAGACAUGGGGAACUGUGCUUUCGCCAAGACUCUGGCAGUCAGCCACGGGGACACCACCACGGACGUGAUCCGCACCGCCCUGCUGCAGUUUGGGAUCCCGGGUAGUGUUAAGGAUCACCAGUUGUGGGUCAGCUCCAGUAGGGACGACCCCCCCUACCCUCUCAUUGGUCAUGAAUUCCCCUUCAGCAUCAAGAUGAGCCACAUCCGAGACGGAGGAGUAGGUGGUGUAGGAGGAGUAGGAGGAGGUGCCAGGGAUCCAGCCAGCCCGUCAGACUGCCCAGGGGUUCUCCUCCUGGACCAGUGUCUCCCUCCAGACACCCAGUGCCAGUUCAUCCUCAAGCCCAGCAGGGUGGCUCCUCAUCUGGCUGCACUCCUCGAGCCCGGUCAGCAGAAGGCCUUCAAGAGGAAGCGCUCUCUGAUCAACUGGGGCUUCUGGAAGACUUCUAACACUCAGCUGGACGGCCACUCUCCCACCUCCCCCGGCUCCCCGCCCCCCCUGCCCGGCCGCCUCUUCUGCCGGCCCCUGGCGGACCUCUGCCAGCCCCACCACCGCCUGCCCAAGCCUGUCAUGGAGAUGCUGGUGACUCUGUACCGCGAGGGUCCAUACACCCGGGGCGUGUUCCGCCGCUCGGCGGGGGUGAAGGCGUGCCGCGAGCUACGCCACCGCCUGGACCACGGCGAGGAGGAGGAGGGGGGGGCGGAGCUAACUGAGGGCUCCGUGUUUGUCACAGCCGCCGUCCUCAAGGACUUCCUGCGUAACAUCCCGGGGGCCCUGCUGUGUGUGGAUCUGUACGACCAGUGGAUGACCGCCAUGCAGGGGGAGGGGAGGGCAGAGGCUGUCCGCAGGUUGCUCAAACUCCUUCCCGGUGAGAACCUGCUGUUGCUACGCCAUGUGAUUGCCGUUCUCCACUGUAUCCAGGGCAAUGCCCAUGACAACCAGAUGAACGCCUUCAACCUGUCGGUGUGCAUCGCUCCCAGCAUGCUCUGGGCCCCGCGACCCAACUCCCCCCUGGACGAGGGGGAGAGCACCAAGAAGGUGUGUGAGCUGGUGCAUUUCCUGAUUGAGAACUGCAGUGAUGUCAUGGGGUCGGAGGUGGUGUCCCUGCUCCAGAGCUACCGCCAGAAGACCAGCAGUGAACACGGCUCCGAUGUGUCCUCCUUCCAGAUGAACGACUCCUCCUACGACAGUCUGGAGAACGAGCUCAACGACGAGCCCGAGUCCCCGGAGCAGGAGCAGCUCCCCCUGCUGGAGCGCGACAAGCACGACAGCCGCAGCCGCGACUCGGUCAUCACCCUGAGCGACCCCGAGCCCGACCCCGAGCCCGAGGCCGACCCCCGGCGCCGGGUCAGCCCCGCCCACCGCCAGCCACGCCCCCUACCGGCGGUCCCGGUCUCCGGCCCUCGACGCCUGAGGAGGAGCUCGGAGCCGGCGCUGGCCGUAGGCGCGCCGCACAGCGCCGCCGCCGUCGUCGCGGAAACCAGCCCCGGGGCCGCAGGGAGGAAGGCGAGCUACGACGCGGCGGCGGCGGUGGAGGAGGAGGAGGAGGUGUUCCUGGAGCAGGGCCUGAGCUCGCUGCAGCUGCAGGAGGCGGGCCGAGUGAGGGGAGAGAGGGGAGGAGCCAGAGCGGCCGUCGUCGGGCGGAGGAAGCCCACGAAGUACGCCCCGCCCCCUCCGCUGCGAUUGGACGCCAGCUGCUCCUCUCUGUCGUCCCCGGCGACCUCGCCCACAGGCUCCUCCCUCAGCUCGCUGGACUCCGCCUUCUCCCAGUAUUCCACCGACUACACAGCCGGCCACACGGCCGCCAGCCCCUCCGCCCCCGCUGUGUUCCCAUCGGCCGAUCCCUCCCCCCUCUCCCCCCUCCCCCCCCGGGACUCCCCCCCCGCACACGGCCUCCACCCCAACACCUGGCUCCGGAAGGACCGCCGCCUAUCGCUACGGCAACCCGACGAGGAGGAGGCGCCGGUGGGCGGGGCCGGCCGCGGGGGUAAGGGCGGCCCCAAACAGGGCCUGUCGGCGGACGGCGGGCCCCCGUCCUACCAGCAGGCCCUCGUGCAGCUGCAGAGGAGCCGCGCGCCCUUCUACCGCGUGGCCGAAAGACCCCUCACCGUCCGCGAGCUGCGCCAGUUCCUCGACCUCCGACCCCCCACCGUUCCCACCUCCUCCGCCACCACCACCACCAGCGGCCCCUCCCACCACACCCCAAGGGCCCCCGCGGGGAGUGAGGUCGGCCUCCAGCCCCCCAAGGGGGUGUUCUACGGACAGAACGCCACUACGUUGGUGCUGCAGCGCAAUCCGUCCCCCACGACCCCCACGACUUUGACCCCCAGCUCCGGGGACGCGGGCGGCUGGGAACGGCACCCCUCCCUGGCCCGGCGCUCCUCUGAACCCUGCCGGGUGCCCCCCCCCUCCUACUGCCGCACCCUGGACCGACCCGGCGCCUCGCCAGAGGUCAAAGGUCAUCAGCACGAGGCGUGCAGGCAGCGGGUUUCCAACGCGGGCCUGUCUUCCUCCGCCAGCAAGGCGGUCAGGGACUACUUCUCGCGGCAGGGCGGCGUGGAGGGAUGCGCCAACCAGCGCAGCCAGGAGGUGGCGCUGGCGCUGGUGCAGGGGCGGCAGGAGUGGGACCGCCGGCGCUGCAGCGACCCCCGCGCCGACGACUUCGACCAGCUGUUCUUCGCGGAGGAGUCGUACGUGUAGCGGCGGACACGGCGACGGGAACACGGCCCAUCCUGAGUUAAGACGGUUGGGUUGCUACGUGGCGUUCUGGGGAUUCUGUGAACGACAGAACGCACAGUGACCCAGUGCUGGGGCUGUUGGCGGGAAGCUCCUGCUUGCUGCACAGCCAAAGGUAGAACCUCAACCUCUGUGGGUUGAGGUGGGAUCCAAGAUAGCAUCCAGCUAGCACCCUGCUAACGCCCGGCUAGGAGAUGGCUAGCACCUGCUAGGAUCUUGCAUGGCUCCGGCUAGCAUCCGGCUAUCAUCCAGCUAGCAUCCUGCUAACGCCCAGCUAGGAUCUGGCUAGCACCUGCUAGGAUCUUGCAUGGCUCCGGCUAGCAUCCGGCUAUCAUCCAGCUUACUAACAGCUAGCUACCAGCUAGCCCAUCCUUGCUGUAUUGCUCCAAUAAUUGCAGAGGGACCCUUUCUGAGUACUCCCACAUUUGGACUCUCUCCACACUCCGAGUACAGGAUAUUAUUGAUGCGUGACAUCAUAACUGGUCUCUGAUUGGCUGCUGUCUUGCCAAACCCAACCUCCGCCAGGAAGAGUUCUUCCACGUACUCUGUAGCUGUGUUCGAAAUUGUUCCCUAUACACUCGUUCCCUAUUCCCUAUAUAGUGUACAUGAUAUAGUGCACUAUAUAGGGAAUAGGGAACGAGAAUUCGGACACUACGCCCAACAUUUCUAAACGUCAUUUGCGUCAGUAAAUGCACCUGGUAUUUGUGUGACGUGAUACGCCGACAUCAUCUAAACAAACCGGGCUGGAGGUUGUAUUGAUGUUGAAUGUUACUUUUCCUUGUUCAAGUUUUUUUACAUUAAUUUUGAAUGUUAAAUCCCAAAUAAAUUGUUGACAUUUCGCCGGAGACUCCAUCAUUAAAUGUAUUAGUUUUCGCAGUUAUUCAGAUUCUUCUUCUCCCCUGGAAAAAUACAACCGCAUUGCAUUGUGGUAUACGGGAGUAACAUGUAGGGAACAUCGUAUGUACUCUAUUUUAAGUCCACUAUAUAGUGCCCUAUAUAGUGGACCACUGAGAAUUCGAACACCCUACAAAAUGGCGUGCACCCUAUUUAGUGCACUACAUCCAUGAUAGGGAACGAUUUCGAACACAGCUUGUGUGUGCCUCAGAAGUACACAAGUAUCCGCAGUACUCUAAGAACUGAACUGUCUUUAGCGAGAGGCCUAAGUUGGCUCGCAGAUUUGUUAAAGGGUCCUAUUUUUUGUUGUAUUUAAAGCUCUUUUAAAAGAUAAUUAAGUGUAAAGGAAAAUGUACAGCAAAAUGAACAGCCAUUUGUAAAUUGUAUUACCCUUCUUAGCACUUCUCCAUUCCCCACGGAACAGUCUUAGAAACAGCCUGUAGUGUGUGUGUGUGUGUGUGUGUGUGUGUGUGUGUGUGUGUGUGUGUGCGUGUGUGUGUGUGUGUGUGUGUCUGUGUGUACCUAAAGAACCUUUCUACCAGUAUCCGUGUUGUGUUAAUUGACCAUGGUCUUUCACCUAAAACAAUACACCCAUAGUGCUUAUUACCUACAUAAUACUUCUCAUUUAGUGCAAACACAGUGUUAUUAUGCACCAUAUUAUGGAAAUUACUUUGAUUGUUAAAUGCACAGGUUAAUACUCCAGGUAAUUCCCUUGUAAAGUAAAAACACUAAAUAUUUGUUUUAUUGAUGCUAUAAGGUUAAUUGGGUUCAACAUGUAUAGUUCUGAAUAUUUAUGAUCUUAUAGAUUUUAUAAAUAGACAUUAUGUUAUGUACUUUUCAACGUUGUGUCAUACAACGAAACCUAAUUGUGUAUUUUUGUACAUGCCAAUUCUGCUGCUGUAUGAAUAGAAAGUAAAUUUGCUAAAGAACGCACCCUUUGUACAUCUGUUGUCUAAAGAAAAACAUAAUUGAUUAAAAUAAACAUUGCAAAAUGAUCCUUCUACCUGUUAA